AUGGCGUUCCUCAAGAACAUCACUCUCUUUGCCGCUUUUGCCUCCGUGGUCGCGGCCCUUCCCCAGGGCAUCCGCCCCACGGCCACCGUGACCCUCGCGCCGGCCGCCAGCACUACCACCUCUGCAUCCAGCACUGCCACCGCCGCUGCAUCUACCAGCAGUAGCACCAGCACUAGCACCAGCACUAGCACCAACACCAGCACUAGCACCGGCAUCAACAUCAUCAACAACCUUGACCAAACCGUCUACCUCUGGUCCACCUCGGACACAACUAGCGACAUGCAGACCCUGACCCCAGGUGGUGGCGUCUAUACCGAGAACUGGCGCACCAACUCCGACGGCGGCGGCAUCUCGAUCAAGAUGGCCACUUCCACGAGCGAGAGCAGCGUCCUGCAGUUCGAGUACACCGAGAGCGACGACACCCUCUGGUGGGACCUGUCGUGCAUCAACCUUGACUCGGACUCGCUGUUCAUUUCGUCCGGUUUCGCCGUUACGACUGAUGACUCUAGCUGCUCGUCGGCUACGUGUGCGGCAGGCGAUACUGACUGUGCCGAUGCGUAUCAGCAGGCGGAUGAUGUGGACACAUUCAGCUGCUCGUCGUCUGCAGCCUUUACCCUGAAUCUGGGUUAA